AUAAUGAGCUGCGCCGACACAAAAGACAAACCUGCGCUCUACCAACGGGUCGUGUUGAAGAACGCCUCGCCGUACCACUACAUGAAGCGUUCUGGAGGAUGAGUCUACCCGACUGAGUGCGGUCGAUCUGAAGCAGUUCAUCAUCUCAGGGCUGGACAGUCUGUAUGGAGAGGUGGGAGCAGCGUUGAACUUUGACCUGUUGAAGUACGAUAAAGACACCCUCACUGCCUUUCUGCGUGUUUACAGCAAGGGUUUGGUGAAGCUGUGGAGCUCCCUGACUCUGCUGGGCUCGUACCAGAAACAAGCCUGCGCCUUCAGAGUGCUGCAGGUGUCUCCGUUCUUGCUGGCGCUGACAGGAAACAGUCGGGAGCUGCAGCUGGACUGACGGAAGAUGAGUUUCCUGUGGAGCAGAUUCUUUGUUAACCCGAGGCGCUGCCUCUCUCCUCCCUCUUGUCGUCUGCUCCACGUCGGCCAGAAAGCCUCCCUCACCAAAGCGUUCUCUGCCCGAGAUGUGCAGCUGUUCGCCGAGCUGACGGGCGACAACAACCCGGUCCACCUGGACCCCGUCUACGCCAGCACCACCGCCUUCGAGGCGCCCAUCGUCCACGGCGUCCUUAUCAACGGUCUGAUCUCGGCCGUGCUCGGAACCAGGAUGCCGGGCCGCGGCUGCAUCUUCCUGUACCAGGAGAUCCGCUUCCCCGCGCCGCUCUACAUCGGAGAGGAGGUGCUGGCCGAGGCCGAGAUUCGCAAGAUCAAGAUGUCGUUCGCCUUCAUCGCCGUGACGUGCUCUGUGAAGGACAAGGUGGUGAUGGAGGGGGAGGUGAUGGUGAUGAUGCCUGAGGAGCAGCAGAAGAAGGAGUGAGAGGAGGAAGAGGAGGAAGAACAUUAUGUUAUUUGCAGUGAAUAAAUAAAGUCUCCAUUGCAGCACAAACAGUGCAGCCCGACUUCCCGAAAUAUUUUGGUUGCAGCAGUAUUUUUUCAUGACAGAAUCCCCUCCCUUUUGUUUUUGUGUUGUAAUUGAUGUUCA